AUGCGGCUCGUUGUCCCCGUCUGCCUGCCAGCGCUGCGUGGUGCCCUCUCAGCUGCAGGACCUGUCCUGGGACCUGAGCUGAAACAGGUGGAUGACCUGCCGCCGGUUGAUGGCUUUGCCACCACCCCCACCACCACCCCCAGCGAUGAAGCUGGGCUGAGUGCCAAGGGGUGCUGCCAGACCCACGACCGCUGCUACGACCAAGCCAAGAAGCUGGACUCCUGCAAAUUCCUCCUGGACAACCCCUACACCAAGAGCUACUCCUACAAGUGCUCGGGCUCGGAGAUCGUCUGCAACAGCAAAAACAAGCCCUGCCAGGCCUUCAUCUGCGAGUGCGACCGCAAUGCGGCCAUCUGCUUCUCCAAGGCCCCUUACAACAAGGAGCACAAGAACCUGAACACCAAGAAGUUCUGCCGGGACUGAGCGGCGCCCCGGUACCGCCUGGUCCCUGUGGCUGUCGCCUUCCACUGCGCCCGCCCUCCAGUAAAGCACUUUGUUGAAAGGC